CACAGCGGAACUGAUAGGCCCCGCCCCUUCAUUCACCGAGCUAGCUGACGGGUCCCACUCCACACCGUUUUGACACUACAUUUAUCCUUAAAAAUAUCUCAACAAGAAGGACAUUAUGUCCGCAAACAACAUGUCAGGCCCACAAAGGGUAAACAAAAUUAUCCGAUACAAGCCCCCCAGCACGGAAGCAAACCCCACCCUGGAAGACCCGACUCCAGACUACAUGAACCUACUCGGCAUGAUCUUCAGCAUGUGUGGCCUGAUGCUGAAGUUAAAGUGGUGUGCGUGGAUAGCAGUGUACUGCUCCUUCAUCAGCUUCGCUAACUCACGCAGCUCAGAAGACACUAAACAGAUGAUGAGCAGCUUCAUGCUGUCCAUCUCAGCCGUGGUGAUGUCAUACCUCCAGAACCCCCAGCCCAUGUCGCCACCGUGGUAACCAAGGACCAAUGGCGGGGGGGCCUUGCAGGAGAGGGGCGGUUCCAGACUGAGAGUGGGAGACGGACUCCUGACUCGCCCACUGACCAUCUGGGAGAGAGAGGGAUGGAUGGAUGGCUGGAGAGAGGAGAUGGAUGGAUGGAGACAGAGAGAGAGAGAGGGGGGGGGGGAGAAAGAUGGAUGUAUUGAGAGGAAACACAAAGGUGGACAUGAGGCAAGAUGACCAGGUGGUCCU